UCCACUUUCAAUCACUUUUUUUCCCUGCCAGUCCUUCUCACAAGGCGCUCUUUAAGCUCCGCUGUUGCCACACAGAGCAGCCAUUCAUCGCCCUGCAGUCAGCCACACACACUCCCAUGCUCAACCACUGGACAUCUAAAUUGAUGCUUUUUCUGCAAAGAAACUGACCGGAUUGGACACUUUUGCGCAUCAUGGUUUUUCCGGAGGAAAGUCAGCAUUAAUCCCUGGUGGAUCCAGAUUUUUACAGAUUAAAAUAGAGACUGGAUUGCUUGUAAAAUAAAAAUAUAUUUUGUGCCAAUAUAUUACUGUUAGGCGAAAAACAAUAGUGUAAAGUUAAAAAAAAUGUCCGGUGAGGAGCACAGCCUUUCUGAGUCGGAGCUGAGCCCCGGCGGGUCAGAGGACGGUCACUCACUCUCACCGCCUCAGCCCGGAGCGGCCGCCGGCCAGGACUCGCCCCUGAGCGGCCCCCCGCAGCAGCUGACCGCGCUCUGCGUGGCGGACGGCGGCGCAGAGGACGCGGGCAGAGCGCGCGCCAAGUCGGAGGAUGAGGACGAUCGGUUUCCCAUUGGGAUCAGGGAGGCGGUCAGUCAGGUGCUGGACGGGUACGACUGGACGCUCGUGCCCAUGCCGGUGCGCGUGAGCAACGGAAACAAAGCCAAGCCGCACGUGAAGAGGCCCAUGAACGCGUUCAUGGUGUGGGCGCAAGCCGCCAGGAGAAAACUGGCCGACCAGUACCCACACCUGCACAACGCGGAGCUAAGCAAGACUCUUGGCAAACUGUGGAGGCUGCUGAACGAGAACGACAAGAGGCCAUUCAUCGAGGAGGCGGAGAGGCUGAGGAAGCAGCACAAGAAGGACUACCCGGAGUACAAGUACCAGCCUCGGAGGCGCAAAAACGGCAAACUGAUGGCCUCCAGCGAGUCCGACAGCCAGGGUGAAGGCGAGGCCAGCCACUCCCAGUCACACUACAAGACCCUACACCUGGAUCACAAUGUGGGCGCAGGGUCUCCCCUGGGUGACCUGCACCACCACCACCACCAUCACCACCACCCUGCAGGUCACAGCCCUCCCACACCCCCCACGACCCCAAAGACAGAGCUCCAGUCUGGGAAAUUGUCAGAUGCUAAAAGGGAGGGGGGGGCAGGGGCGGCCGGAGGAUCAGGGGGGUCCAGGGGAGCCCUCGGGGUGGGAGCUGACGGGGCCUCUGGGGGCCCCUCAUCGUCCACGAAGCCCCACAUCGACUUUGGCACCAUGGACAUUGGCGAAAUCAGUCACGAGGUGAUGUCCAACAUUGAGCCGUUUGAUGUCAACGAGUUUGACCAAUACCUCCCCCCGAAUGGCCAUCCUCAGAGUGGGGCUGGGGCCGCCUCGGUCGGCUCCUCCGCCUCCUCAUACGCCUACGCCCUGGCUGCGGCAAGCGGCCACUCAGCCUGGAUCUCCAAGCAGCAGCAGCAGCAGCCCCAGGCCUCUCCGUCUUCCUCCGAUCCGUCCAAGGCUCAGAUCAAAAGCGAGUCUGUGUCCGCCAGCCAUUACUCCGAUGCCUCGUCCUCGCCUUCGUCAGGCACCCACGUCACCUACACCCCGCUCAGCCUCCCUCACUACGGCACCGCUUUCCCCUCGCUGGCUUCCAGAGCUCAGUUUGACUACGGAGAGCACCAGGCCCCUGGGGCAUACUACGCCCACUCCAGCCAAGCCCCGGGGCUCUAUUCAGCCUUCUCCUACAUGGGCCCGACACAGAGGCCUCUGUACACCACCAUAGGAGACCCCUCUAGCGUGGCCCCCUCCCACAGCCCCACACACUGGGAGCAGCCUGUUUACACCACCCUCACAAGACCUUGAGGCAAACCAGCUGAGCAGAGGGAAAUAUGGGAAGUGUGUGCGUGGAUCUCUGUAUCUGUGUGCGUGCAAACAUGUGAGCGUGUGAAUGUACAUAAAAAUAUAUAUGUAUGCGUG